GUGAUUGGUAGCUUAAUUAAUUAGUUGUAUCAUCAGACAAGCCCUGCCCCGUUUGCCAUCGGCUUGACCUUCGAAAACAGGCAACCCUGCAAGCUGGUGAGUCACCCGGCCCAAAGAGCAAUGUCGCUUUUGGACACUCGUCGCCUCCUGGCCUUCUGUGGGGUGUUCAUUGCGUCCAACGCAAUGAAACACUUCUUGUGGGACUCUGGCCAUCAUCUGGCCAAUCCGAGGAUCCAGGAAGAAGCCUCCGAUCCUAUCACGCUCUCAUUAGACUCAAAGAAGGCAGGAGGAUCAUUACAAGUUGAAGUUCAGGAAGAUACGACGUAUCACAACUUGAAAUCGGCUCAAAGUAACCAUCACGACGAACAUGCCAUGUGUAGCCUCAAUAGAGAACUACAUGAUGCUGGCGCUGAGUUACGGCUUAAUUCAGUCAAUCUGUCCCCAGUUGUAGCAAUCUCAAAUCCUGCGUCCAAUCUUGCAAGUGCUUUAGAUCUAACAUGUUAUCACCGAUCGGACCGUUCACCUGCUGUUAGUUCGUUCUCACCAGACGGAGUUUGUUGGGGGAGUAGAAGAAGGAUCAGGCCGGAGGAUGUUGAAGAAAGAUGGCCAAACGUCAACGUUCAGCCUGAUGACCAUCCAGACUUCUUCCAAAGUCCACCAAUCAAACUAACCAGAACUUAUAAUGAAGACUCUUCAGGUUUGAAAAUCACUGUUCAGGCUCAUGACAACCAUUUGCACACCACGGUUGAUUAUUUGAGUAAUUUUGGGAAGUGUUCAGAGCCAGAAGAAAGCUCUUGGAUUACCCGUAUAGCCAGGCCUGAUCCACUUGCAGGCCCAUCUCGCAGGGUAGCUAGAUUUAGAUACAGGGCGAAAGAUGUUUCCAGAGAUCCUGAUGAUUGCAAUGAAGAUAGGAAGCUUCUUGGGCAUUCCUUGGCUGACACUCCAGUAGCCAAGAAGCAAGAAAUCCAUGACGAUUUAGUGGAAUUAGGUGGCACAAAAAAUGGAUCUCAAAAGCAACUUGAAGAACACAGAAAGCUUGGCAAUACAGAUGAAGAGGGGCCAUCUACUCAACACUCAAGUUCAUUGAACAUGUCAAAUGAAAGAAGUUUGGUUGGAAUUAACCCGCUAAUUCUAGAAAGUGGAAUGAUACAGAAUCAUAGCCCAGAUAUCUAUAAAGAGAUUGAGUGCAAGAAAAACAAAGGAUUGAGUGAUCAUGGUGAGCUACCAAUGGAAAGUCUUGUCUUUGAUGAAUCAGCCUUUGGUGUAGAUAAGGAGUAUCCAGAGGACCAGAAUAAACUUGACGAGAUUUUGAAGAUUAUAAGGUCUUCAGAAUCAGGACCAGCUGAGGCUAAGAGGACACUGAAAUUAAGAUUUGAAGAAGCGCUUGAUAAAUUUGAAAAUGUCAAGCAUGCUUCCUUAUAUCUCAUUCAGGAUGAUCAACAUGAAGCCCCGGGGAUUUCAACUGGUUGGAGAUACCCAUUCAAUGGGUCCAGAAGGGCUUCAAUGCAAAUCAAAUGCAUCGAAUUAUGGAAAUACAGAUUGCUAUGGUUGAAGUUUUGGCAAAAGAUUACUCAGAUCAAUUUACAUUCAGAGAAUCUGAAGUAUUCCACAUGUAAAGUGAUUGACAAAAUCUUUCCCCUAUUCUUGUUCUAUGUGGAUAUGAUUGAUACCAUCAUCAUUGACUCAUCCAAACUUAAGUCCAAAUCACCAGAUCAGCUUAAGAGGGAGAAGACCGAUUUAUUCAAAGUAGCCAUCAAGAGAUUUGAAGAAUUUUCAAAGAUGAGGACUACUCUCAAGAAUGAUCACAAUGGAUUGAUGAAACUCAAGUAUGGAAAAUCUAGGAAAUCUCAGCCACAUGUGCAACAAUUAUUGUGGGAUUUUCUUGAGCAUUGGAUCAAAAAUGCUGGGAGGGUUGAGCUGAUUGAGUUAUAUUUGGGAGGGCUUAAACCUAACAAUCAAUCAUUUAAAGGGUUCUUCAAUACGAUUUUCAAGCUUUCUAUUAUCCAAUUCAACAAACGAUUAAGGGAUUCUUUGAGCCUUGAGUAA